AACCAUGUUGUUUAUGGCAAACGUCAAACUUUUUCUCCAUUUUUAAACGCCGCCUGCAAAAGUUACAAAAUUGCACAGAAAAUUGAAAAUUUAAGGUGAAAUUCUACAUAUUUUGACUGCAUUUUACUCUGGUCUCAAUCGAGUUUGCUGAUAAAACAAAAAUGGUUCGCACCGGCGGCAUGAUUCGUGGCGGAGGACGCGGCGGGAUGGGGGGCAUGCGUGGGAUGCGGGGCGGUCCGUACAUGCACAAGAAGAGCUUCCUGCCGCGGCACCCGUUCGAUCUGAUGCUGGCGGAGCCGGCGUUCCCGCGGGCCGCCAACGCGCCGGACGAUACGGUGCUGACGAACGCGCUGCUGAAGCGCAGCCAGGAUCUGACGCCGAGCGCGCAGGAGCAGACGGCCAUCUCGAACCUGGUGACGAAGGUGCAGGGCGUGCUGGACGGGUUGGUGGUGGCGCCCGGGGACUUUACCAAGUGCCAGCUGGACGAGGUGCGGCAGGUGGGGUCGUUCAAGAAGGGCACCAUGAUGGCCGGCCAUAACGUGGCCGAUGUGGUGAUCAUUCUGAAGUCGUUGCCCACGAAGGACUGCGCCGAGGCGUUGGGGAAGAAGGUCGAGGAGGAGAUCCAGAAGUCGAUGAAGACGGAGGUGGUUCCGAAGGCGGAGGCCAUUUCGCUGGAGUACACGGACAAGUGCUUUGAGAUUUCGAACUCGUUGGCGAAGGUGCGCUGCUUGAUUGCGACGGUGCCGCAGAACGUGCGCAAGUUGGACGCGGAGAAGCACUUGGAGUUUAAGGUGGUCCAGAGUCAUUUGGCGUCGAUUCGGCACGCGCGCUGGUUUGAGGAGAAUGCGCACCAUUCCACGAUUAAGGUGUUGAUCCGUAUUUUGAAAGAUCUGGCCCAUCGGUUUGAUGGGUUUGGCCCGUUGAACCCGUGGAUCUGCGAUUUGCUGGCUCAUUCGGCGAUUAUGAACAACCCUAGUCGGCAGGCGUUGCCCGUGAAUGCGGCGUUCCGUCGGAUAUUCCAGCUGUUGGCUUCGGGGCUGUUCGUUCCGGGGUCGGCUGGCAUUACGGAUCCGUGCGAGGUUGGCCACAUCCGGGUGCACACCUCGAUGAGCUUGGUCCAGCAGGACGAGUGCUGCAUGACGGCGCAGACGCUGGUCCGGGUGUUGGGCCACGGCGGUUACAAGCACAUCCUGGGAUUCGUUGAGAACACGACCGUCGCCAAGGAGAUGUCCGUUUGGGAUGGGGUCGUCGUUUCGCCGAUGGAACCCGCCUACGAGAAGCCGGUCGAGAAGAAGGACGGCGAGGAGGAGGAGGAAGACAUGGAGUGCGAAGGCGUCAUGGAGGAAGACAACGGCGAGUAGAUCGGCUGUCUUCGUGUUCAUCAACAUUUAAUCUUAUCUGUAGCAAUACUUUUAAUAAUAAUUCCUUCUCUGCGUGUGAACCAAAG